AUGUUUUCGAUGUUUCCGCCGCCGCCGGCUUCUUUCCACGGCCGCGUGCCUCCGGCGCAGACCACGGACCACCCCGUCCCCAUGCCGGCACCACACGUCCCCGUCCUGGUGCACCCCGUGUGGGCCUGGAGCUUCCACCAAGAGGCGGCCAGGCUCCGCCACUUUGCCGAGGGCGCCCGGUACGUCGCCGUCAACGUGCACUACCCGGGCCUCGUCCACCAUCCCGGCAAGGACCAAGACGCCCUCACCGACGAGAAGCGCUACCCCAUCCUCAAGGCCAACGUGGACGCCCUCAAGCCGCUCCAGGUUGGGAUCGCCGUCUGCGACCGCGACGGCAAGAGCGAAGCUUGGGAGUUCAACCUCCGGGACUUCCGCCGCCACUCUGAUCCGCACGACGCGAGCUCCCUAGCCUACCUCGCCGGCCGUGGCCUCGACGUGGACACGUUCGCGAACCACGGCGUCGACGCCUGGAGCCUCGGCGCCAUGCUGCUGAGUUACUCCGGCCUCAUCGGGCCCUGGCGCGGUCUGUCGUGGGUCACCUACACCGGAGCCUACCACGUCGCCUACCUGCUCAAGAUCGUCACCGGUGGCUGCCCGCUACCGAACGACGUGGCCGGGUUCGUCAGCGCGGUGCGGCACUUCCUCGGCGACCAGGUCUACGACGUCGCGGGGAUGGCGGCUGACUGCCCGAAGUUGCCCGUUGGGCUGGAGCGCAUCGCCGCCCACCUCGGCUUCCAUCCGCCCUGGAACAGCCCCAGGCUCGCCGCCGCCGCCGGCGUACGCGCGCUCCAGGUGUUCAGGAGCUUGGAGGACGGAGAGCUCCGAGGCAAGGUCAGCAGAUACAGAGGCCUGCUUCAAGGCCUGCAUCACUAGUUCGAUCGGACACACACACCAACGAUCGAUCGAUGCCCUAGUCUGAGUCUAGUACAAGUUCGUGUCAAGUCUAGGAUUAGUGCUAGUCGGUUUGUGUU